AUGCCCUCUGCCUGCACCGCGCCGCCUGCGCCCCGAUCGUCGUCGAAGGCCGCAGGGAUAAUGAAGGGUAGCGGCCACCGCAGCGAUAAUCGAAGCACGUGCGACAAGAGCGCAUCGAGUAGCGCUAGUGUAGACGAUCUGCAGGAGGCGAUUCUGCAGCUGCUACCACGGCGCUCUAGCGAGGAGGAUGCUGCGGUGUACAUCGACGUGAACGGCCCAGCUGACCCCAGCCGGACGCUUAUUCGCUACGACAUCCCCUACGCGCCUGGCGACCCGAAGCGGUCGCUGAAGUUGCGCCGGAGCCUCGGUCGAGGCGCUGAGGAGCGUGUCGUCGACCCGAACGUGAGGGUCAUCAUUGACAGCUUCAUCACUCCGCGGAGGUGGGUGGAUGCGUCGACGGGGGUGGUCUGGGUGCAGCACGCCAGCCCGUUUCCCUCCUCCCGUAUCGACGCAGCGGAGACUCAGGAGCGCCUGCACGCCCAACUGAAGGUUCACCAGGCGCGCCGCACCGGCACCAGCCCCAUCCGCUCGCUCCUCAUCGCCGAGUGCAUGCUGGAGGUGCUACGCCAGGUGACGGCGGAGUGCUGGGAGCGUGGCCUGCUGCUACUGCACGUGCACUCGGAGCGGGUGGCAGCCCAGGCGUCCCAUCGGCGCCUCUUUGAGAGUCGUGUCGGCCACGCCUUCCGUCUCGCGCUAAAGGGCGAGAAAGACGUGGCGAAAGUGGAGGAGGACAUGACCGCACUGAAGCAGCGCGUUGAGCUGCUGGGUCAGGAGGAGGCAGACCUUCGGCGUCAAUGUAGUGAGUUCGAGCAGCAUGCCGAGGAGCAGGUGCUGAUCGCGAACAAGGAGCACCACGAUGCCCUCACAAAGCUGAAGCGGGAGGGUGUGCAGAAGCGCGCACAGUUAGAGCAGCAGCUGGUAAUUCCAGCGAACUUGCAGUAG